AUGGCAAAGAGUCUGCUGAUCACUUAUGUCCUUUGGUCAUGCGGUGGACUUUUUGGUCUCCAUCACAUCUACCUUGGAAGAGACAGUCAUGCCUUACUAUGGAUGGUGACAUUUGGUGGAUUUGGAGUUGGAUGGAUUAGGGAAAUUUGGCAACUGCCGAAGUAUGUGCAAAAUGCAAACAUUUACCACAAUAAGACAAAAAAAAUAAGACAUCUACAACCACCAAUGAGCAUUGUCCGUGUCAUUGGUCAAAUUGCAGUUGGAGUUUAUUUUGGUUUUAUUGCUCUUGUAAGUCUAUCAUCAUUAAAUGGCUUCUACAUCAUGGCAUUGCCACUUGCAAUAACACUGGGUGUUCACCUUGUAGCCAGCGUUGGUGAAGAAACCUCCAACGUAAAGACAACAAUGAUAGCUUCAUUCAUUACGUCUCCUAUAUUCUACGGAAGACCCAUUGCAACAGUACCAAUUAGUAUUGUUGCCAGUAUUACCUCUAUGCAACACCGUCAUUAUAAGACUCCAAGUCACACAGAAGACAACCUGAGUGUGCGACUUUAUAGACUAGGUCUAGCUUGGCUGGCUUUCACAAUGCCAAUUUCUUAUUGCGUGUUGCACAAUACUACAGUUACAGUUUUAUACAUCACAGACACCAUCAGCCUUAUUCUAGAUUCAGUCCGAAUAUUCCCAAUGCUUAGUGAUCUUCUCGAAUCUGCAUUCCUCCUCCCAUACCAUACGUGGAAGCUGUUUACUGGUGGAAUAGGAUUAAGUUAUGGAUACAAUUCGGAGUGGGAAAAGCUAUUUGCAUCCAUCUCUGCCAUACAGACCGAAAGAAAAAGGUUGGCAUAUGAGGUGUUGGGAUUACAUGAGGAAGCAACUUUGGAAGAGAUCAACAGAAGUUAUAGAGAGUUGGUGAAACGCUGGCAUCCUGACCACAACAGACACAAUUUAGUUGAAGCAGAGCGACAAUUCAUUGAGAUCCAAGCGGCAUACGAAGUACUUGCAAAAAACAAGCAAGGAGAGACAUAA